AUGAAGGCCAUGCAAGAUGCUCAACAUGCAACAUACAAUCAAUUGGCGAAACUCGAGCAAUCACUGUCCGGGUCAAUUCAAUCCUUAGCCGACAAAUUUACAAAGCUUCGACGGCGUGGUCAAAGGCCAUCAAGAGAUCCUGUGCCAGGGUCAUCAUCAGAGGAGUCCGCACCUUCGGAGGACGAGGAUAGUGCGUACGAAGAAGAGAUGGACCGCCGGUCGCAGGGAUCUAGUGGGCGCUGGGCAAUAAGCACGGGGCGCAGGGCGAGCGCAGGGGCAAUGACGAGCGAACGGGCAUGCGCGACACCCGCGCAGGUGGCAAUGACGCGCGCGAGAUGGGGCACGUGCUGGUUUCCACAAUCGGGGUUUCAACUGCCCGGGCUUUGGCCGCCGCCUCAAUCCGCGCUGGUCCGCGCCAUGAGUCGAUUGGCGUACCGGCGUGCGACCGGAGGCGCAUCGCCGGCCCCCAUCCGCUUCCCUCCCCACAAUUUCAAGCACUAUUUGACUCUCUUUUCAAAGUCCUUUUCAUCUUUCCCUCGCGGUACUUGUUCGCUAUCGGUCUCUCGCCCGUAUUUAGCCUUGGACGGAAUUUACCGCCCUAUUGGGGCUGCAUUCCCAAAUAACCCGACUCGCCAACAGCGCCUCGUGGUGCGGCAGGGUCCGGGCACAACGGGGCUGUCACUCUCUAUGGCGCCACCUUCUAGUGGACCUGCGCCCGGUCCGCCGCUAAGGACGCUUCCCCAGACUACAAUUCGGACGACGGGGUCGCCCGAUUCUCAAGUUGGGCUAUUCCCGGUUCGCUCGCCGUUACUAGGGGAAUCCUCGUAA